UGAAGCCGGAACCGCAACGGGGCGCGGGCGGUGAUUUGUGUGGGUUGGAGUGAGGCGGUUGCUAAGUGUUGGAAGGUGUGAGAGAGAGAGAGAGAGAGGAGGGGAAGGGGAGACGCGCACCGGAGUGGAUGAGCUCCAUUUACCAUGGCGAGGGGGCUGCUUUCCCGGGCCUCGCUGAGGAAGAUCUGCGGCAGCCACUACUACAUCCAGGCCCGCUUACCAUGUGUACGUGUCAAGUACCUCUUCUUUUCAUGGCUCGCAGUCUUUGUUGGCAGUUGGGUAGUGUAUGUCCAGUACUCCACUCAUACAGAAUUGUGCCGGGCCCAUGACUGCAAGAAAAUAAUUUGUGAUAAAUACAAGAAGGGAAUUAUUGAUGGAUCAGCAUGUGGCAGCUUGUGUGAUAAGGGUACACUCUAUUUUGGCAAGUGCCUCUCUAAUAAACCUAAUAAUCAGGUGUACAGGGGAGUAUGGGAUGAAUCACAGGUAGUCUUAAAAUGCAAACUUGAAGAACCUUUCCAUUUUGAUUUGGAUUCUAACCUGGAGCCGAGGAAGGAAAUGGUGUUAUUUGACAAACCAACAAAAGGGACUUCCUUGGAGGAAUUUCGAGAAAUGGUUUACAAUCUUUUAAAGGCAAAGCUUGGUGAUCAGACAAACCUUCAAAAGCUACUCAAGUUGGUUGUCACCGUAGCAGAUGGGAAUAAAGAUGGUCAUGUCUCCCUCGCAGAAGCAAAAUCUACAUGGGCAUUGCUGCAGCUUAAUGAGUUUCUGAUUACAGUAAUUCUGCAGGAUAAGGAGCAUACACCAAAACUACUUGGAUUCUGUGGAGAUCUUUAUGUAACAGAAAAAGUCCAUUACAAUUACCUGUAUGGACUCACUAUUCCUUGGGUUUUGGAGUUCUUCAUUCCUUCUGGUCUGAGACGUAGUAUGGAUCAGUGGUUUACUCCCUCCUGGCCCAGAAAAGCUAAGAUCUCAAUUGGACUCUUAGAAUUUGUUGAGGAUAUCUUUCAUGGAACAUUUGGUAACUUCCUUAUGUGUGACAUGAGUGCAAAUAACAUUGGCUACAAUGCUAAACAUGAUUUAAAAAUGAUAGAUAUGAGAAAAGUUGUACCAGAAGUUAGUUUCAAACAGCUAAUUGGAGGCCGUCAUUGCGAGACUGAUGUGGAUUGUGUCUAUGGCACAGACUGUAGGACAACAUGCCAUCAAAGCAAAAAGCAGUGCACCAUGGAAUUGGAUCAGCCAAACCUGACCAAAGUCUGCACAUUGCUGAAAGACUACCUUUUAAAUGGUGCUCCUUCUGAUGUAAGAGAAGAACUGGAAAAGCAGCUUUACUCUUGUAUAGCUCUUCAAGGAGUAGCAAGCCAAAUGGAGAUGGAACACUCCUUGAUAUUAAACAACCUAAAGACAUUACUGUGGAAGAAAAUUUCUCAUACAAAAGAUUCCUAAACUCUAAUGGAACAGGAAAAUUUUUCAUGUGAAUUGAACAGCAUUAGAAAAGUUUUUUUUUGGUAAAUGGUUCUAAUUGGUUUAAUUUGACCAUGUAGCACAGAACAGCAUCAUUCAUACACAAUCUUUCCCUGUUUCUUACUGUUAAACAAAAAACUAAAACCACUAGAGAUUUUGUUUUUCAUUUUGUGGUUAUAAAUGUUGCUGCUUUUCUUUUAAUGGAUUUAAAAAAAACACUUAACCAGCAUGAGAAGUUUUUAAUGUCUUUUUUAACUAUUGUUUGUAGCAUGAUUAUUUAUUUGCAGAAGAAAAUGCCGGUUAAUAU